AUGCGAUUCGGCACACACAUCGUGUUGGCUUCCUUGACAUGCUUUUUGACCGGCUCAGAAGCUCUUAGUAUUGCUGCUCGCAAUACAACCGAGGCUGGGGACGCUUGCUUUCAAAUCCACGAACGCUUUGUUGACCAUAGUGGCAAGAAUGCAGAGCAGCCUUUCAAGGUCUCGGGUGAAUUGGCACUCAAGUGCUUGCGGGCAAUGCCUUUCAAGAAAGAGCCUGCUGUUUCUUUUGUGAAGGAGUUCCGUAAAUAUCUGCAGUUUCAAUCGACCAUCGAGAUCCUCAAAAGCCCUCCACCAGAUUACCCGAUGCCUCCAGUUGAUCUACUCGGAGGUCUCGACAAGAUCCAAGAGAAGGCAGCCGCUGGUGAAUAUGCGAACCAGUUUGACUUUGAUGCAGCAAUUCAACUGCUCCUUAAUUCAGCAUACGAAGGGCAUCUCUCUGCCGGGCUUUGCUCUCAUCAGCAGUUCAAUUUUGAGAAAGAAACCCCAUUGGUGUCAAUCUCCUCCGAUGGGAUAGCCCUCCCCGAGGUCUAUACAUACAAGGAUUCCUUGCACUUGCAGUCCAAAGACUCUACAGUCUCCCCUAUAGUGUCAAUCAAUGAUGUCGACGUGGUAGAUUAUCUGAACAAUCUUGCAAGGUCCUCGCAAGAUUGGGAUGCAUUAUUCAACUCCAUGCUUUUUUCCAACUCUCAGAGCCUUGCUGUCUUUGGAGUUACUGGCAAAAUCUCUACCGGGUUUACCUUAUCUACAACUUGGCCUGGUCCCUAUCAUUCUUUGCAUUUUGCGAAUGGGUCGACUUCAGUGAUCAAAACUGUCGUUACAGUUAGCAAAUUCCCAUACAAAAAUGGCGCAACUCUCUAUGAGACAUUAUGUGCCCCAAGCAACGACACUUCGUCGGAUUCCAGUGACGGGUCGAAAGAAGACCCUGAUCUUUUAGAAGCGCCAUCUGGAUACCCGGAGCCAUUCAUCAAAGAUGACUACAACCGCAUCCUAGGCUUCUUCCCAAGUAGCAAGGGCCUAGAGGAUACAAGUGUCUUGGUAAUUCCAACAUUUGAUCCAACAGCACCUUCUGAACAAGAAGGUAGCCUUCCAAACUCCGGAGAGGUUCGAUUUGCAGACGUUGCUCGAGAGUUCAUCCACAACUCCACUAUCAGAGGGAAGAAGAGGAUGAUCAUCGAUGUUUCUGGUAAUGGAGGCGGCUUAGUUAGUGCCGGACUCAAUAUGUUUAAAAUGUUUUUCCCAGACCAGGAUAUUUACCAGGCUGCUCGAUUCCGUGCACAUGAAACUGUUGACUUGAUGGGACAGGUCGUUUCUACUCUUCCAUUGGACCAAGCCCCAGACAGCCCAGUAAAUUGGAGAAUACAGGUCAAGCCAGAUCAAGAAAGUGGAUUCAAAUCAUGGGAGGAUUACUACGGCCCGGAAGAUGUCUUUGGCGUAAGCUCUUCUCAUGUCAUGGCGUCAAAUCUUUCAAUGACUUCUACUUCCACUGAGCCAAUUGGUGGAUAUGGCGUUACGCAACUAGAUCCACAGAAGCCCGCAUUUGCAGCAGAGGAUAUCAUUCUGCUUACCGAUGGCAUAUGCGCAUCCACGUGCACGAUCUUUUCUGAGCUCAUGAAAGCACAGGGUCGACCUAGGAAUACUCCUAUGCAAGGAAUGGGCGGAACCAAAGGCUCCCAGGUAUAUGAGCUUGUGGAAAUUGCCAAACAGGCAGCUCAAGUCGACGAAAUCAUCCGAAAAGCUGCCAAUUCAUCUACCCCAAUUUUGCAUGCAGAUGACAUGGCUCAUUACAGGAAGAUCUUCCCUAUCCCUCUCGAUGACUUCCCUCUCAAACUCAAGACGGGUAGUGUCAAUAUUUUGAGUGCUUUCAGCUCUGAAACCGACCCCAUUCCGCGGCAGUUCAAAUACGAAGCUGCGGAAUGUCGUCGCUUCUUGACUCUGGAUAACAUUCUCAAGCCAGAGACUAUGUGGGCUUCUGCUGCUGAUGCGAUGUUCCAUGGUGGUGAUUGUGUGCCAGGCUCGACCAAUAGCACUCGAAGCUUGCGGCCAAAGCUGCACUCCAGGACUUCCGGCCCGAAACGUUGCUUGGGACCCUAUUGUCACUGA